AUGAACCUCCCCGCUGAGGAUGGCUCAGUGAAGAGCUCAUUGGAUGAUAUUGAGCGUCUCAGUGCAGUAGUAGUUAGUACUGUGCUGGGCCUGUGGAAAGAUGCUGUUUCUAAGCAAGCCUUUUCUCUUCUAAGAUUCAGAAUUUUGGGAGAGAAUCCCAUUUGUUCUGCAGGUGGUGUUCUACUGAGGGCCAGUCGGCACUACAAGACAAAGCCCACUCAUGGCAUUGGCAGAUACAAACACUUGGUGCAAGUGCUAGAGCCUAAAAAGAAGAAAGCAAAAGUGGAAGUGAGAGCCAUUAAUCUGGGGACAGAUUAUGAAUAUGGUGUUUUAAAUAUCCACCUGACUGCUUAUGACAUGACUCUGGCAGAAAGCUACGCCCAGUAUGUCCACCGCCUCUGCAACCGGCUCUCCAUCCAAGUUGAGGAAAGUUACGCGAUGCCCACCAAAAGCAUGGAGGUGAUGCGGCUACCAGCCCAAGGCAACAAAAUGGUCCUAGACUCAGUCCUUACCACCCAUGAGCGAGUGGUUCAGAUCAGUGGUCUGAGUGCUACAUUUGCGGAGAUUUUCUUGGAAAUACUCCAAAGCAAUCUUCCAGAAGGAGUCAGGUUGUCAGUGAGGGAGCACACCGAAGAAGACUUCAAAGGAAGGUUCAAAGCUCGGCCAGAACUGGAAGAAUUGUUGGCCAAGUUGAACUAAACACUGUGAGCCCUUUCUUGCCAUCAUCGGUUUGGGAGAAGUUCUUCCUGCUUGAUCAGAAUGAGCAGGAGAAUGAAUGCUUAUACUGUCAGUGUCUCCUGUGUCUGUGGCCUGCUGUGCUUGCCAGUCACCACUUACCUUAACAAAGCCUAGGGUGGUCUCCACCUAAUAAAAAUCUGCUGCUGUGACCAGUGUGUGUGUGUGUGUGUGUGUGUGUGUGUGUGUGUCUGUGUGUGUGUGUCUGUGUGUGUGUCUGUGUGUGUGUGUCUGUGUGUCUGUGGCAUGCUGUGCUUGCCAGUCACCACUUACCUUAACAAAGCCUAGGGUGGUCUCCACCUAAUAAAAAUCUGCUGCUGUGA